AUGUUGAACGUCCACAAACUAUGGCUGUUGUCGUGUCUAUGUGUUAUUGUUAUAAUAAUAUUAUAUUUUCAAUCGGAAAUCGCUCGUUUGGAGGACAGCUACCGAAAACUAGAAUACAAAUUCGCUCAGACCCACUCGGAGUCUCGCCAGUUUUUCCCGAAGUCUUUGGAGAAAGAUGACGACGAUUUAGUGGUGAUAUACAAUAGGGUGCCGAAGACGGGCUCCACAAGUUUCGUUGGUAUAGCAUAUGAUUUGUGCAAGAAGAAUCACUUCAAAGUGUUACAUAUCAAUAUAACUGCUAAUAUGCACGUAAUGUCACUCAGCAACCAGUACAAGUUUGCGCAAAAUGUGACGCGGUGGCAGGAUGUGAAGCCAGCACUGUACCAUGGUCACAUGGCAUUCCUUAAUUUUGAAAGAUUGGGCGCAUCCUCUAAGCCGAUAUUUAUAAAUUUAAUUAGAAAGCCAUUAGAUAGAUUGGUCUCCUAUUAUUACUUUUUAAGAAACGGAGACAAUUUUAGACCACAUUUAGUGAGGAAAAAACAUGGAGAUAAGAUGACAUUUGACGAGUGUGUAGAGAGGAGCCAGCCAGACUGCGACCCCACCAAUAUGUGGUUACAAGUACCAUUCUUCUGUGGGCAUUCCGCACAAUGUUGGAAACCCGGAAGUCUCUGGGCUUUAGAACAAGCUAAGCAAAACCUGGUCGACCAUUAUCUACUGGUCGGUGUUACAGAGGAGAUGCUCGAUUUCAUCACGGUAUUAGAGUCUACGUUGCCUCGACUCUUCAAAGGAGCCACCGAACACUACCUGAACAGCAACAAGUCUCAUCUCCGACAGACUAGCUCCAAGAUAGAGCCGAGUCAAGCGACCAUAGACAAAAUACAAGAGUCGACCGUCUGGAAGAUGGAAAAUGAACUCUACGAGUUUGCAUUAGAGCACUUCAAAUUUGUUAAAAAGAAAUUGUUGUCGAGAGAGAAUAAUGGAGUCGCUCAGAUAUAUUUCUACGAAAAGAUUCGGCCUAAAUGA